CUUGGAGUGGAAUGCACGGCCUGGUGCCUCACGUGUCUUGUACCCGAGACAAGAUCAUGCAGAUCUUGAGCCACGUGAAGUGGGGAUACCAACGGGAGAAGAGACGCGUUUGCAGUUUAGCCUGUACAUCGUCCUCUCACCCUGCCAUGCAGAUGCAUUAAAGUUUUUAGACCUUCUUGACAUCAUGACAGACACCCUGACAGCUGUCUUGGCCCCGAUGCGAUGACUGUACCGAUCUUAGGGCGGUCUGCGAUGACCUAGGUGCUUGCGUAAUUUUCCUACUCCACCUGCACUUCCGUGUCCUGUCCCGCAUCAUUACUUGUACCCCGAGAAGAUCUGUCACGGCUCCCCGAUCGAUCUUGGAGCGCACAUUACGGCCGCUUGUCAAUCCCUGGCCUCUUUACAUCCUUCUACUUCUGCGUCAGUAAGUGCGACUGUCGGUCACAACACUCUCGAUCUAAAGCAUCACCGCGUAGCGUCCAUCGAAGAUGCCUCGCAACAUCCUCCUCACCGUGCUCCGCUCGGACCUUCGCCUCUCCGACAACCUCCUCUUCCACCUCGCCCAGGAGCAGACACCGCCUCCCUCUGCCUUUCCCAAGAAGAGCAAUCAAUUCCGCAAAGAGAUCACCCACCUUCUGCCAAUCUAUAUCUAUGAUCAGCGGCAGAUCGAAGUAGGUGGACUGCCCGGGCUGGAGAAGGGUGGGAAGAAGGAGGAGGCGAGGACUAGGACUGCGGGAUUCUGGAGAUGCGGUGAACAUCGCACAAGCUUCGUGACAAAUUCAGUCUUCGACCUGCGUUCGCGCCUACGAGCCCGCAACUCUGAUCUGAGCAUCUGGGCUGGUCUGCCAGAGAAGAUCAUCCCCGCCAUCAUCGAGAGUCUGCGCAAGGGCGGAGAUGAGGUAGAAGCGGUAUGGAUGACAAAGGAGGUCAUGACUGAAGAGGUCAACGAGGAGGAGCGUAUACGCAAGGCACUCGAGCCGAUGCAGGUGCCCUACCAACUCCUCCACCAGCGCUCCCUCGUUCACCCCGAGGACUUGGGAAUGUCUGUACAACAGCUUCCGGACGUAUACACACAAUUCAGGAAGCAAGUCGAGGGCCAUGGAUUCAGACCCUCGCUACCGACGCCCGAGAAGCUCAAGCCAUUCCCAGAGAUGCCUCAAAUGGCGGAUGGUCCGAGCGUCUACGCCUUCCAGGGCAAGGAUGAGCUCAAGGAGGCCUCUUCUACGAUUGAAGCUCUGCUGAAGCCUCUGAAGGCCAAUCCGUCGCCAAUGAAUCACACGCAACUCAAGUCUAAAGAUGUUGAGGGCGUGAAGAGUGCCAUUCCCUUCAAAGGUGGAGAGACAGAGGCUCUACAGCGUCUGGAGCACUACUUCUCUGGCGGAUCCAAUUCGCCAGCUGCAACGUACAAGGAGACCCGCAACGGCAUGCUAGGCACCGACUACUCUACCAAGUUCUCCAUCUUCCUCGCGCACGGACUUCUCUCCCCUCGGGUAGUUGCAGAGUAUGCCGAGCGGCUGGACAAGAAGAAUGGCAAGAGCGGGCGAGACGGUGGAGGCUACUGGGUCCUCUUUGAGCUACUCUGGGCAGACUACUUCUUCUACGUCUCGUGGAAGUACGGCUCUGCCAUGUUCACCCUCAGAGGUAUCGAAGAGACCCUAAACCCCAAGUCGGCAGAGACUCGGGCAUACGACUGGCUCUCCCCGGACUCUCUAGAGAAUGACAAGGAUGCUUACGUACGGUGGUGCAAGGGCACCACAGGGGUGCCCCUCGUCGACGCCUCCCAGAGGGAGCUCAUCGAGACAGGCUUCAUGUCGAACCGCUCACGGCAGAAUGUGGCCUCUUUCCUCACAAAGGACCUCGGCUACGACUGGCGUCUCGGCGCAGAAUACUUUGAGUCGUUCCUAAUCGACUCGCAGUCCACCUGGUCCAAUUGGGGAAAUUGGCAAUAUCAGGCCGGUGUGGGCAACGACCCUCGCUCUUCGCGCCAAUUCAACGUGGUGAAGCAGGCAAAGGAUUAUGAUCCCAAGGGAGACUAUAUCACUACUUGGCUACCGGCCCUCAAGUCCCUCAAGGGGCAAAAUGAGGUUUCGCACCCUUGGACUAGCCAAAAGGGAGUGCCGGAGGGGUACCCGAAGGAGCCUGUGGUGGAGACGGGCAUGUGGAAAUCGCAUUACCAGCCUAGGCGAGGUGGAGGUGGUGGAGGUGGAAGGGGAGGAGGAGGAGGCGGGAGAGGCAAUGGACGUGGACGUGGUCGCGGUCUUGGUCCUGGUGGCGGAAGGGGCAAGGGUCGUGGUGGCGGAGGUGGCGGACAAGGUGGUCAGGGCGGUCAGGGCGGUCAAUAGAGGUUGACUGUUUGUGUUGACACAGGCAAUGCAACACGUUACAUGCAAACAAUUCCUAUUAUGAUUGAGGUAGUACGAAGCUGAUAUGCCUCAGCGUAGUAUAGUCGUUGUUGCCGCCCUCCCUCUCCUUCUGCCUGUUUGCGGACCAUGUCCUGCGUCGUUAUGAACUAUGCAUCUGCCCUUUCUUGCUCUUGCUGAGGUCAGGAACCUGUAGAGCAGCAAAAAGAUUGCUCAGGAUGAGUCGCAGAUCUGACAACGCCAAUCGCCCUUUGACUCACCCUCUCGCUCAACUCGUCAAUCUUCUUGAACUGCCAAGGAAAUCUCGACGGGUAGAGGAAAGGUCUGAGAUCAAAUCGAUUG